UCUCUCUUUCUCUCUCUCUCAAAAUAUUACACACAAUAUUUCUACUGGUCUAGCAUUUUUUCUUCCCUCCUUCACAGGCUGUCAUGGUUGAAUUAUUAAGACCCUGAAUUAUAUUUUUUAAGCCUUGAUGAUUCUCUUUGUUGUUUAUUCAAGCAAAGUGGGACUCCUUCUUGCCUGUCAUCUCCAGAUUUUUGCUUCUUCCACUGCUUUGUUUGCUCCGUCUGUCUUGCUCAAUAUUUUCAUUUCAUUUCUUGCUUAGUUCAUUAACAACUUCUUCUUCUUCUUCUUCUUCUUUCACUUAUGGAUCAAACGACUUUUCGCGUCAGUGAAGAACAAGAAUCCUUUUUUCAAUGAGCUUCAUACAAGGACUUCUCCUUCUGUUCAUCUUUUGUUUCAGGCAUGGGAACCAAAAUUGAGUAUGCAAUCAAUCCAUUAGCAGCUUCAACAAAUACUAACAGCUUCGACUUUAACGCACAUCAUCGUGUGGAUGACUGGGAUUAUUUCCAAUCCAGAGAGGUGAAGAAGUUUCAAAGAACUCGAGAAGACGGUUUCCGCAACUCCAUGGACAGGAUGCUUGAGAAGCACAACAUAGACUCCAUAAAAAGAACAAUGCAGAUCCAUGAAGAUAUCUUCAAACACCAGGUACAAGAACUCCACAGGCUGUAUAGUGUGCAAAAGAUGAUGAUGGCUGAGCUGAAGAAAGAAAUUAAACAAAGUAGAAUUUCAAGUGCUUCAAUGGCAGGUUCAGAAAUGAACCAUUCACAUAUAUUUAUGAAAACGCAAAAUGCAACAACUACUUCAGGGUAUAUUUUCCAGGUUCAAAAUAUUCCUGAAGAUCCAAGCUCCAGGGAGAGAAGUGGCAGCAGCCAAAUCGGCAAUAAAAUGAGCAUAGAAGGGUCUGAUGAAGAGAGUGAAGUUGAGUUAACAUUAAGCAUUGGAGUAAGCUCAAACAAGAAGAGAUCAAAAGGUCAAGAAUUAAUGAAGGAAACCAGGGAGAUUGACUCAACUGCGUCGUUUAAAUCUGAUAGCGGCCCCAACACUCCAAUGAGUAGCUCAAGUGCGACAUUUGAUAACCAGGAAAAGAAGAUGCCGCAUUGGCUUUUCGGAUUAAGCAUAAACAGGAGUUGAAUUGAAUUGUAGUUUAAUUGAUAUAAUUAAUUAAUUAAUUGUAUGUGUGUAUCCUUUUAAUCUUAAUUAAAUUACUGUAGCUGCAGCAUGGAACCAUGAAUUUAAUGACUUGGGUUCCAUGAAUUGAGAUUCCUAAUUUAGUUUCAAAACUCAAAAUCAAUAAAUGGAUGACUCUGGCACCCAUUUUGUAAA